AUGGCGAUGAAAUACCCGUACACCUUCACGGCGAAGCUGGUGCAGUUCCCGAUCCAGCACUACUUCAAGCACCAAUGGAUAUGGCGAUUUUACUUCAUCGCUUUCGGCCUUUCGGUGCCACUGUUCUACAAGCUCCAGAAGCUGGCCAACAUGCCAGCCAACCAGGAGAAAUGGGCCGAAUCCAAGCGGAAGCAGUUGGCGGAACACCACUGA